AUGGCCAUAGAAGAAGAAACAGCACUGGUUGUUGAAAGCUCUUCACCAACUCAUACUUUGAAUCACAAAAGAGAUGUUCAUAUUCUCUGCUGGGCUUUCCUUCUGAUUUUCUUGGCUUAUGGUGCUGUCCAAAACUUAGAAAGUACCAUCAAUACUGAAGGAGGUUUGGGUACCAUAUCAUUGGGGAUAUUAUACGUAUCGUUUGCAGUUUUUUCGGUGAUUGCUUCAUUGGUGGUGAGGAAGCUUGGGACGAAGAAUGCUUUGAUUCUUGGUUCCACCGGAUAUUGGCUGUUCAUUGCUGCAAAUUUGAUGCCUACUUGGUAUACUAUGGUUCCAACUUCUUUGUUCCUUGGGUUUGCUGCUUCAAUAAUAUGGGUUGGGCAGGGGACAUAUCUUACUUCGACCGCACAUAGUCAUGCAAAUGACUAUGACUUGCAUGAAGGAGCAGUGAUUGGAAAGUUUAAUGGAGAGUUUUGGGGGAUGUUUGCAUGUCACCAGCUCGUUGGCAAUCUUAUCACUCUUGCUUUGUUAAGAGAUGGAAAGGGAGAGAAAACUACAGGCACAACUUUGCUUUUUGUUAUGUUUCUUUGUAGCUCGACCAUAGGUUCAAUUCUUAUGUGCUUCUUGAGUAAAAGAAAUGAUAAAGAGGAAGAACUGCAAGAUUCUUUUGCCACCUUUUCUUCUUCAGUGGUAUCUCUGUUAAAGACUAUUUUGGCUCUAUUACUCGACAUUAGAAUCCUCUUGGUCAUCCCGCUUCUUGCAUAUUCAGGCUUACAACAAGCAUUUGUAUGGGCGGAGUAUACCAAAUAUCUUAUCAAGCCUACACUUGGCGAGCGUGGUGUUGGUGGUGCCAUGGCUGUUUAUGGGGUCUUUGAUGCUAUUUGUUCGGUCGCAGCUGGUCGACUUACCUCGGGUCUCUUAUCAAUUACAAUAAUAGUUUCUCUUGGAGCUUUCAUUCAGGCCAUUGUCUUGUGUUUGCUGCUGCUGAACUACAGUAUCUCCGGAGGACUGCUCAGUACAUUAUACCUACUUCUCAUCGGAGGCAUGUGGGGCAUAGGUAAUGGUGUAUUGAACACUCAGCUAAGUGCUUUUCUUGGAAUUCUCUUCAAGCAUGACCUGGAGGGAGCAUUUGCACAGCUUAAGCUUUGGCAAAGCAUUUCAAUUGCAGUUGUCUACUUUUUGAGUUCAUAUAUUUCGUUUCAGACAAUGGUUGUGAUUAUGCUCACUGCACUCUGCAUCUCAGUCGUGUGUUUUCUUUUUCUCACACUUCAGAUGGAGAAAGUAUUUUCCCGACGUGCUUCUUGA